AUGUCUCACGAAUUUGAACUUCGUUUACAUAAAAAUUGCUUUGCGUCUUUCAAAACUUUAAUUUCACCUCCAACAGUCUCAACCUCACCAGAAGGUUCUCUACAAGUUCAGUGGCGUUCUAAAGGGCCGGGACGUGGAGUUUUUGGUUAUCGAGUGCUUUAUAGAUAUCCGGGUGGUGGAUGGAACCCUUACGGUCAAAUAGUUCCUUAUACCGGAGAUGAUGAGGACUACAAUUUGGCAUUGACCGGACUUUCUCCAGGAGUUCCUUACGAAUUAAAAAUCCAAACACUUGACAGAAACUCUUAUGUUUUGUUUACUUCACAAGAUGUUCGUUCAUCUUCUACAUGUCUUCCACCAACACAGCCACCUUCUCAAUUAGCUAUUGAUGCACCUGAUGCUCGACAUGUUCGAGUUACUUGGGUGCCGGUGGUGCAAAGUGCUUGGAAAUGUUCGGAAGCUAAAGUGGAAUUACAAACAAUUCGUGCUCGAACCACAAACGAAGCCGGCCAUUCACCUUGGUCUUCAUCCGUCUCAGUUUCGACUCUUUCUUCUGCCCAAUCACUCGCCGAACCAAUUGACGGUCCUUUCGUUUCUCUAGUUCAUGGAAUGCCUCGACUAAGUUGGAAAGGCCGUGAAGGCUCCGACCCAGAAUUGGUCGAUCAUUUUACUAUUGAAUGGAGAACGAGAACAGAACAACGCUGGAAUCAAUUGCCACAGCGUAUUCAAUUCACAGGGUGGCAAAGGCCGUAUAAUGUUGAUUUGGAUCAAUUGCCUGCUGGGCAUUUAUAUGAAGUUCGCAUUCGGGCACUCGAUCACAAUUUGGGUACAGCAUUUCUUUCUGGAACGGUCACAGUCCAAGCCCAAGCUCAAUGCCGACCACCCCAUUCGUCGCCAAGAAAUUUGGAGAUAACUCCUCUGGGUCCAAACCAGCUUCGCUUGAGUUGGCAUCCUUUGCCCGAAACGGAAUGGAAUUGUGAUCAGCUUUGGUAUGUGGUCAAGUAUUCCAGCACUGAACAACAGGUUUAUUUUGAUGGAUUCAACCCAGCUCGACGAAAUACGUCGAAACUACUCAAUUUGGUUCUAAGUAGACAGACUGUUGUAGAUCGGCAGAAGUCAAUUUCAAUAAAAAAUUUCUUUCAGGGCUUCCGCAAUUUAAGCAAUAAUGAUAUUAGUACAAUCUUUGACUCAGCACCAUUCACUCAAUGGCACUUCCAAAUACAAGCUGCAAACCCUGCCGGUGCCGGUCCUUGGAGCUCACCUUUGGAUGGACAAACUUUGGGAACUGCACCAGGUCCAGUUGGGGAUUUCUCUGCACAAACUCUAACACCCGAUGCUGUUCAACUUUCAUGGCGUCCCCCACAAAUUCCAAACGGCCAAAUAACAGGCUAUGAGGUUGGCCUAGAGCUGAUCUCACGAGGAAUGUGCCAAAAUGGACAGAAUGUUGCAGGAAGUGAUGCUGCUGGAGGAGGAGGGGAACAACAACAACCAGCUGCUACUACGCUCCUUUCAGACAAAUCAUCCUUCACUCUUCAACAGCUACACCCACAUUCACGCUAUAGAAUUGGAGUGGCAGCACGGACAGACACGGGCGCUGGAGAGAGAGUGACAAGAGAAGUUCAGACUGAUCAGUCAGUGCCAACAGCCCCUCCAGCCAAUUUUCGUGUCGACAACAUAGGCGAAAAUAAUGCCGAGUUGAGCUGGCAUGCACCUCCAUGCGUGCACACAAAUGGUGAUAUAACUGAAUAUGAGUACGAAAUCGCUGCUGCGGACAGACUUUCUGCACAAAUUCCACGCGUUACAGACGUCACUCGUUCCACACGUGUUCACUUAACCGGCUUGGUUCCGUCGACUUCUUACUCGGCCCGUGUGAGAGCUUUUACUGCGCGUGGUCCAGGACCUUGGUCGCCGGAAUUGCGAUUCCAAACGAGGCCUUCAGCAUUGCGCGAGCCAAUGCCACAACCGAGAGUUUAUGCUACAGGAAAUAAUGAAGCUCAGUUGGUAUGGCAAACAACUCAAGGGCAGUCUGGAUAUUGGGACAAGUUUGCAUGUCAAUGGGCACCUACUGGCACUCAAAAAUACAAGGAAGAACGUGUUGUCCCUGCCUAUAAUCCAUGUUCUGCCGAUCUGGUCCGUCGCUAUCAACUUCCACCCAGCACCACACAGCUACAAACCCAUUGCACAGCUUUGCCUGUUCGACAAGAUCCAUCAGCACUUGACUAUCGAGUACGUGCUAAACCUCAAGGACAGCCAUGGACACAAUGGAGUCCUCCUCAAAGACCUGUUGUUGUACAACCGCCACCACCUCCUCCCCCACGCCCUCCUCCUCGACAACCACGCCCAGCAAUUGUUGAUGAUUGUAUACAAUUACUAGCUUUGCACAAACAAGGAGGAUCUGCAAAUACUUUGAGAUUUGCUUGGUCUGUUCGGCCAUCAGAUUUGUUGCGUUGUGCUGCUUUUAUUGUAUCCGUGACACCAAGAGAUGGUAGAGAACCUGCUCGCCAAUUCCGAGUUGAUUCUAGCACAAACCAAUACACUGCAGAUUCGUUAAGGCCUGGGACGGUCUAUGCGGUUAGUGUUCAGCCUGUAGUGAAUGAACGACCUUGUCCUGGAAUGACGGUUGACAUGACUACUGAUGUGGAACCUCUCUUCCAACUGGACCAACGACCACGAAUCGUCGAAGAAAGGGCCACCUCAAUCACAAUUGCUUGGGACGUCCCUUCAUCCAUUCAAUGCUCAUCCUUCAUUGUUGAAUACCGCCUAGAAACAGGUCCUUGGCAACAAAUGCAGCAAAGGGUUCCUUGUCAGCCGGGCAGAACAACAUAUACAGCUACAGUACCAGGACUUCCUACAAAUAGUGCUGUUGAUUUGCGUGUUAGAGCUAUUUCAUUGCAAAACCAACCCAGCAAUCCAAGCCCUGAGGUCCGAGGCCACACAAAAUGUUCACCUCCAGACUCUCCCCCUCAUGGUUUACGUCUUGAUUCCCCUACACAAAACGAAGUAAGGCUCAGUUGGGCACGUCUUUCAAAACUCAGUUGGAACUGUGACGAGCUUCAAAUUGAUAUAGGCUACAGAACGGCUAAUCAGCCCGAACGAAUAUUGACUGUCCCAGCAGACAAAGUCGAACACAUUUUCUCCUCAGAACCUAACACCCGUUGGACAGUUAGACUACGAGCUACAAACCAAGCAGGAAGUAGCCCUUGGGGACCAGAACAAACACUCGUUACAAGGCAAGGAGCGCCUGGACAUGUACUAAAUAUGCAAUUAACGCCUCUAUCUCCAAACGAAAUAAAAGUUACUUGGUCACCUCCAACCGUUCAAAGAGGAACUAUUGUGGGUUAUGACAUCUCUUAUAGACUAAAGCAUAGAUUGGCUUGUCCAGAAGAAGAGCCACGUGAUGUUAGCAGAGAUUUUGUUACAAUCUAUAAUCAUAAGGAUACCGAAUAUAUCUUAACCGGUCUUCUUCCAAAUUCAUUAUAUGAAGUCAAAGUCCAAGCAAGAACAACACAACUAGGCCCAGAAGAAACCCGUGAGGGAGCAACCUUUCAACAACCUCCAAGUGCUCCGCCUCUAAAUCUUCAAUUGACUUAUGCCUUGGAACGUUCUCUAUCUUUUCAAUGGGAACCUGUGGAAUGUUCACAAAGGCAUGGACAAAUAAUUGCUUAUGAAUACGAAAUUAUUGGACAGGAUGAUUGGGCAAAGUUGGAAAGACAAAUUGCUAAUAUAUCUCAACAGCGUGUAACUAUUGAUGGCCUUACACCUUAUACUAAGUACGUUUUCCGAGUUCGUGCCUACAACGGCGUUGGCGGAGGACCUGCUACCGAAAAUUUGGAUGUAAUGACGGCCAAAGCAAAUGCACCACUUCCUCCCCAAGACCUUGUGGUCACUCAGGAGGGUGUUUCUUGGUUCACAGUUUCUUGGCUUCCACCUUAUCCUCCUUAUGGACCACACGAUCGUUAUAAACUCCAAUAUCAACAUUUGAGUUCAUCACCAAAUGAUUGGAAAAGUAUUGAGGUUGAUUCAAGAAGCAGAGAGUUGGAAUGCCCAGUACCCGGUCCACGUCUUUGCUACAAUAUUACCGGUCUUGAUCAAGGACAGCAAUACCGAGUCAAAGUAGCUGCCCAUAUUGAAGGAGGCAAUUACGGUCCUUUCUCCCAGAUUGUUAUUGCAAACACACUAAGAGUUGUUCCUGGAGCUCCUGCUUCCAUUGAUUUGAUAGCCAAAACUGACCAUUCCUUGCAUGUUGGGUGGAAACCUCCAUAUGACCAAUUAGGGCAAAUUACUGAGUAUCGCCUAUCUUGGCAAUCUCUUGCCCAUCCAAAUGCUCGAAGUCAGUCUACAAUUGUUGACCACCCCAAAAUGGAUCAUUUAAUUGAUGGACUUGAGCCAGAGACUUAUUACAAUAUUUCUCUCUCAGCCGGCACUCCACACGGAUUUGGGCCGGAAAUUUGGGCUCAGUUCAGGACAGACUCGUUCCGAACACCUUCUGUUCUACAAUCACCUAUAUUGACGCCUGAGGGGGCACAUACAAUACAUGUGGAAUGGACGGGGGUUGUAGACACUCAAAAUAGAGUGGCUGGAUAUAUUGUUGAAAGUAGAACCAGUGAUGCUCCUCAAUGGAUUGAAUCGAGUAGUGUGGUCCCGCAUGAGCCAGGAAGGCGUCAAUACAAAACUCGAUUGGACGGUCUUGAACCUGAUACUCUCUACUUUGUCCGUAUCAAAGUAGUUGACAAUCGCCAACGUGUAAGUGAAGCCUCUCCAGAAGCACAUGCACGUACUGGUUGUGCUCCUCCAACUUCACCGCCCACAAGUGUUGCUUUACACGGGUCAAGUGAUUGGCGUCAAGUUAGAGUUUCCUGGCAACCACCAAAUAAACAAAGCUGGCUUUGUUCAACAAUAAGUUAUGAAUUGGAAUAUCACAAUGGAUCGGUGCCUUCGAGAUUAGUUGAUGUUCCUAGCGGCUACACAGACCACAGUUUACCUUCAGGACCAGGGACAGCUUGGAGAGUCCGUGUUCGAACAAAGAAUCCUGCCGGUGUCUCUCCUUGGUCGCCAGAAGUUGAAUUGAGAACAGGGGGUAGACCGCCGGGAGAAGUAACCGAUCUCCGAGCAGAUGCGACAGGUCCAGACAGCGUUUCCUCUACUUGGUCACCCCCUGAAUCUGACGAUGAAAUAACUGGAUAUACUCUAGUCUACACUUUAAAGUCGAUUGGGGAAUGCGGGCCGAGUUCAGCCUCUAGACCUAUUACGAGGGAAACAACAGAACCUAAUUUGGAUUUGCAAGGAUUGUUGCCUGAUUCUACUUAUGAUAUUACUGUUACUGCACAUACUGCUACUCAAGAAGGGAAACGGUCUAAAGUUGUUACUGUGAGGACUGAGGAAGCUCGUAUGUUUGUUUAAUUUUUGGGUAUUAAACUAGUGUUCACUUGUCCAAAAAUUUGACCAGAAAGAGGGUAGUGCGCCAAAAAACGCAGAACAUCAUGGCGCUCAAAUCUCCUGAAUGAAAUUUAAGGGAACCCGUAGCGUAUAAAUAGAUUAAAUCAAUUUGGAACUAUUAAAAACAAUACUCAAAAACAAUGUAAAAUUAGCCCGUCCUCCAAAAAAUAUUUAUCCCUUUUACAAAAAUAAACAUGAGUUAUUAUCAAGUAUACAAACAACCAGAGUUGGCGAAUCUAGGAAAUUUUCGGAUAUCCGUAUCCAAAAUGGUUAUAUAAUGAUCAGCCAACUCCAAAUACAACACAAAACAAAUAAUAUAUUUAUAGGGAAAGAGUUCUUUUAUUCAUCCCAAACAAUUUCGACUUGUCCUAACUCCAUCCAUAGCCCGGUC